AUGAAGAAUACGUUGUCACUCUGGACGGCCGUUAUGGUGCUGGUGUGCGUUAGCCUGCAGGUGUCUGCACUACCGUACAGUGACACUAGAGUUUUGCAGGAUAAUCGUUUGCUGUCGCUGAAACGGACGAAACCGUCGCUGUCGAUCGUCAACCCACUCGACGUGCUACGGCAACGGAUCAUCCUCGAGAUGGCACGAAGGCAGAUGCGCGAAAACACCAGACAGGUGGAACUAAACAAGGCCCUGCUGAGAGAAAUCGGAAAGCGCAGCAGCAACAUGUACGAUGGAGGAGAAUACCCGCCCAACUAUUCCAGCUACGAUCGCAAGGCGUAUAGUCAACGCAUCGCUGCAGAUCCGGUUCGUGGUCGUACUCAGGCCACAGAUGAACUGGAUGCGAUGGUCGAGGCAUUCAUGCGCUAUAACCAGCUAGCGGCACAGGACCGGAAGCCACAUCGGGCCCACACCGCCAACGAUCGAUCCUCGCUCUCUGGCAACGAGAACGGCAUUCUGACAGGACAACCUCAACCGGAUGCGGAACCGUCUCAGCGCCAAACGCUGCAUGGUCACUUCAACAACGAACAGGACGAUCUCAAGACGAAGGAACAAGCUCUCAGGCAAUCGCUUGCGGCCGGCCAGGAGCAGCAGGACAGCACCGACGAGAAUGGCGUCAACGACGAACAGGACGAGGAACCGGUGAGCGGCAGUAAUGGCGCUCUGGAGACCAAUCAGCAGACGCCGAAUGAGCGGACCACUGGGGGUGAGUUCGGCCCACGGUACGUCUACGGUAUGUACAAAAGCCGAUACGCAAACUAAACCCAUGUCCUCUCUGCGGCAACGACCCACUCGACACGACGCCCUCUACACGACCGGUUCUGGAACUAGCGCUAUCUUCACCUCGAAUCUGACCGCAGGUACUUGAAUAUCUUGGAAUG